UUGGAUGCACGCUGCCACUUCCGGCUUCUAAAUCGCUCAGGCAGCGAAAAUAAAUAAACUCAGAUCAAACUAAUCGUCAUCCGCUUAAUUAUAAUUCUGUUUAUAACAUUCAUUUUUAUUAAUAUAUAAGUUACUGAGAGGAAAAGAGAUCAAGUCGGGGGGAGCUGACUAUGGUGUAAACGGGGCAGUUUAUUGACUCUGACAGCGGCAGGUGUAUGUGUGUGCAUGCUGGUCUGCUGGAAUGUUAACAUUAGCCAGUAAGCUGAAGAGGGAGGAGGGGGUGAGGGCCGGUCGGGCCCCUACAGGAUCUAACGAUGCCGCUCAUAGAGUGUCCAUCAGAGACCGGCUUCUCAUCAAAGAGGUUGCAGAACUUGAGGCCAAUCUUCCAAAUACUUGUAAAGUUACAUUUCCUGAUGAAAACAAACUAUGUCACUUCCAUUUGGCAAUUUCUCCAGAUGAAGGCUAUUACCUGGGAGGAAAGUUCCAGUUUGAGAUCAAAGUUCCUGAAGCUUAUAAUAUGGUGCCUCCCAAAGUCAAGUGCUUGACUAGAAUAUGGCACCCAAACAUAGCAGAAACUGGCGAGAUCUGUCUGAGUUUAUUGCGAGAACAUUCAAUUGAUGGUACUGGCUGGGCACCAACACGCACACUAAAGGAUGUAGUAUGGGGAUUGAAUUCACUCUUCACUGAUCUUCUUAACUUCGAUGACCCACUGAAUAUAGAUGCAGCAGAGCAUCAUUUGCGGGACAAGGAGGACUUCAGGAGCAAAGUUCAGGACUUCAUCAAAAAUUAUGCAAGAUGAUGUCUCUGUUUGCCACGCAAGCAACUAUCACAUGCAUGUGACUUUGCAGAUGCACGCCGACCCCGUGUAUCCCGACUGCAACAGAGACAAAAUCGUAAACUUUUCAGACAUACUUGGGGAGCGAAGAAAGUUAUAAUGCGUGAUGAAUGACGCCUCAAGUCCCUGAUGAAGAUUUGGGGGGGAUUGUGAGCUUUUCCACAGCUGAUGCUCUUGCAGGUUCCUCUCAAUCAAGUAGGCUUUUAUUUCCCCCCAAAAAAGAAAUGAAGAAAAUAGUACAAAGAGGGUGAUUAUGACUAUGAGGACGUAUAGCCUCUCUGAUGUCACCUCCAAUGCUAGUGCCUCUGUGUUUUUACCACAUAUAACUGGAAAACAUGUUUUAAGCCAACUUCCGCUGCAGUUUGCUUCUUCUUGAAACUUAACAACCUACAGAGAUUCAUUCUUUCAUAAGUGAUGUCAUAGAUAUCCCAAAGUUCAUUAGCUUGUUCACGCUGGGGGAGGAGCCCCACACUGCUCGUACCACCAAUCAGAGGAAUCUCAAACUACGCAAAGCACUGAUGUCCCACAGAAAACGUUGGCUUAAGUUCUUCGUUGGGGGAUUCUGUAAAGCCAUUUCUCGUAACUCAGAACCUCCUCUUGUGUAAAAUCACUGCAUUAUCAGACUACUUCACAUUACACGUGCACACAUGCCAAUAUCAGAAUAUCUGCGGGUGCCUGUGAAUGAGUAUUAAACAUUUUUCAAUUAAGAUCUGUGAGUCAUUAACGGGUGAAUCUCACAAAAACAUGGCCAGGUCAUUUUUCACACCAGAAUCAAAAGAAAAAAAUAUAUUUAGAUUUAGGAAAAUUGAACAUUUUAAGGACCAUUUAGAGUUUUGCAGUUAUUUUUCCAAAUUUGUAUUAUUGUAAUCCGUACAUUUACUUUUUAAUUUUGUGAUUUCAUUUUUUCUUAAUGGUGCUUGGCAAUAGAUAUUCAUUACUGUAAUACAGUAUUUUAUACUUAUAGUAAAAAAAAAAAAUAAUAAUAAUAAUAAUAAUAAUAAUAAUAAUAGUUUAAAUCAGCGUAAAUUUAAGAGUACACAAAAAUUCAAACAUGAUGUAUAAUUACUUUAAAAUUUAAGUAAUAUAUCAUUAUUUCUUGCAUCACUUGCCAUAUAAAUAAUGUCAAAAUGCAAAAAAAAAAAUAAAAAAUAAUAAUAAUUCUUAAAUGGUACAAAAAAAUAGCUUUCAUUGUCUUUAAACAAAAUAUAGUGUAUUUCUUUUGAUUUUGACCUGGACAUGUUCUUGACUGGUUUUGGGAGAUUCAACAUGCUUUCGUAGGUAUUUCUUUCAGUAUAUACACGUUCAGCUUUACCAGUGUGUGCACAUGUAAAAGAAUACUUGUAUGCUAGUAUUGUGUUUUUGUGUGAGCGAGCGACUGUAUGUGUGUGUGUGUAUGAGAGUGAAAGAGACUGGUAAUUGAAUACAUGUCUGACUUUGGUAGCAUGCACUGGGCUACUGAACAGCUCAGCCAUAAAAGCCUGUUAAAUUAGUGAGGAUUUACUUUAAUUUGUCUCUCUCUCUCUCUUUAAAAGUGUGUAUCCAUUUGUAAAGUAUAUUAAAGAGGAAUUCUACCA